AUGCACCAUCUCGAGCCCUUAUACACCAUCUCGAGCCCUUAUACACCAUCUCAAGCCCUUAUACACUAUCUCGAGCCCUUAUACACCAUCUCGAGCCCUUAUACACCAUCUCGAGCCCUUAUACACCAUCUCGAGCCCUUAUACACCAUCUCAAGCCCUUAUACACUAUCUCGAGCCCUUAUACACCAUCUCGAGCCCUUAUACACCAUCUCAAGCCCUUAUACACCAUCUCAAGCCCUUAUACACCAUCUCGAGCCCUUAUACACCAUCUCGAGCCCUUAUACACCAUCUCGAGCCCUUAUACACCAUCUCGAGCCCUUAUACACCAUCUCGAGCCCUUAUACACCAUCUCAAGCCCUUAUACACCAUCUCGAGCCCUUAUACACCAUCUCGAGCCCUUAUACACCAUCUCGAGCCCUUAUACACCAUCUCAAGCCCUUAUACACCAUCUCGAGCCCUUAUACACCAUCUCGAGCCCUUAUACACCAUCUCAAGCCCUUAUACACCAUCUCGAGCCCUUAUACACCAUCUCGAGCCCUUAUACACCAUCUCGAGCCCUUAUACACCAUCUCGAGCCCUUAUACACCAUCUCAAGCCCUUAUACACCAUCUCGAGCCCUUAUACACCAUCUCAAGCCCUUAUACACCAUCUCGAGCCCUUAUACACCAUCUCGAGCCCUUAUACACCAUCUCGAGCCCUUAUACACCAUCUCGAGCCCUUAUACACCAUCUCGAGCCCUUAUACACCAUCUCGAGCCCUUAUACACUAUCUCGAGCCCUUAUACACCAUCUCGAGCCCUUAUACACCAUCUCGAGCCCUUAUACACCGUCUCGAGCCCUUAUACACCAUCUCGAGCCCUUAAACCACCAUCUCGAGCCCUUAUACACCAUCUCCAGCCCUUAUACACCAUUUCGAGCCCUUAUACACCAUCUCGAGCCCUUAUACACCAUCUCGAGCCCUUAUACACCAUCUCGAGCCCUUAUACACCAUCUCGAGCCCUUAUACACCAUCUCCAGCCCUUAUACACCAUUUCGAGCCCUUAUACACCAUCUCCAGCCCUUAUACACCAUCUCAAGCCCUUAUACACCAUCUCGAGCCCUUAUACACCAUCUCAAGCCCUUAUACACCAUCUCGAGCCCUUAUACACCAUCUCAAGCCCUUAUACACCAUCUCGAGCCCUUAUACACCAUCUCGAGCCCUUAUUCACCAUCUCGAGCCCUUAUACACCAUCUCGAGCCCUUAUACACCAUCUCAAGCCCUUAUACACCAUCUCGAGCCCUUAUACACCAUCUCGAGCCCUUAAACACCAUCUCGAGCCCUUAUAAACCAUCUCGAACCCUUAAACCCCCAUCUCAAGCCUUUAUACACCACCUCAAGCCCUUAAACACCAUCUCGAGCCCUUAG